UUAAAAAAUAUAUUAAUUCCAUUAGUCUUAUUUUAUUUCUACCCUUAAACUACAAGAUGUUAUUGAAAAACUUGCUACUAUCAGCAUUAUUCUCCAGUGCAGUCUCAGCUGAGUUGACAACAACUUCUCAGGUCACAAUCACACUCACAGAAACUCUGCUGACACCUUCCCAAUCCGCUGAAAGGAAGGCAAUAGAUGAUGCUUCCAUUGCUUCAGCUGCAUCGGCUUCUUCAGCUGCAUCAGCUUCAUCCGCUUACGAAGCGUAUGUUGCUUCGGAAUCCGCUGCUGCUGCAUCAAUGAACAUGGAACUAUCCUCUUUGUCAUUUGCUUCGAUCGCUUCAGUUGCUAAGCAAGCCUCCUUUGCCUCCGUUGCUUCAAUGUCUGCUUACGAAGCUUCUGUUGCCUCUGCUGCAUCGAAAUCAUCUUACGAUGCAAUGAUAACAUCUUCCGCUUCAGCAGCUUCCUACCAAUCGUACGAGUCUGCUUUAGCUUCCUCUUCAUACCGUUCAAGACUUUCAGUUUCUUCCGUUUCCGCUUCCCGUGCUUCUUCCGCUUCCCGUGCUUCAUCAGCAUUAUCCGUUUCUUCCGUUUCUGCUGCAUCGUCUCAUUCCAGAGUAAUUGCUUCCGAAUCAAAUGCCUCUCGUGCUUCAUACUUGUCCUGGAAUUCUCAACAAUCUGAUAUUUCAAAAUCAAAGGCUUCAGCUUCCUCAAAAUUCAUGUAUGCUAAAACCCAUACUAUUUCGUCUGUUUUGAAGGUUAGCUCUUUGUCAAAAGCUGAUGGACAUCGUGCCGUCGCUUCAAACACUUCGACUUUGAAUACUGUAUCUGUGUCCACGACUAAAUCAGUUUCCAAGAUUUCUUCCACUUCUCAUGCAGCGGGCAAUGCUUUGACUCCAGUUACUGGGUCAUUGUUUGGUAUUGUCGGUGUUCUUGCUGCUAUGCUGAUCUGAUAAGUAAUACACAUCAGGAAUUUUUUUUUUCAACUCCGUUCACUUGAAUAUUUCCACUAGUGACAUUUUUUUUUCUUUGCUCCUUUUUAUUAUUACUCUUAUUACUCUUAUUACUUUUUUCCUUCCCUUUCAAUGUAUAUUUUAGGUGUACUUAUGCUAUCUGAGCACAUAUUUACCUCUUGCUUCCACAUUUCUGA